CCUAAAUUUGUUUGCGCCCUGAGUUGGAUGACAGCAGUUGAUAAAUGAUGAAUCAUGACGGAGAAGUAAUCAUUCAACACUCAUAUUGACUUCACAUACUUUUAAGACGUAGACGGCAACCUUGUCGAGAGUUAACUCUGACUUAAACACAUACAGAAAAGCUGGAAAUUCGAUCAAUAUACUUCAAGCACCGCCCACAGUCCACUUGUUAAAAUACGCCACCGUCUGAUCCUGUCUCGAAGAUCGUGGAUUUAUCGCCAGCACAACCGCAAAGAAAGCGACGCCAUGAAGUUCCUUUUCAGCUGCUGCAUCGUUGCUGUAGUGGCUUGUUCGGUCGCUGCCACAUCACACGGAUAUAGCUCCAGGCCUAGAGGACGCUGUGAGCCUGUGCCGCCUUUCUGCCAGAACUUGACUAACAGCGAUAGCUACUCACAUAUGCGACUCCCAAACGCUUUCAACAAUUAUAAGCUCGCGGAAACCGUCCAGGCGAUGAUGCCCUGGACCCCUCUCGUCGGACUUUGCCAUUCUGGGUUGAAGUUGUUCUUGUGCGCCAUUUACGCGCCGAUUUGCCUGUUUGACAGUGAGAGCGGGGAACACGUCAGCAUCAAGUUGUGCAAGUCGUUUUGUAACAGCGUGAAGAAGAGCUGUCAGCCGGUGAUGGGUAGACAUAAUUAUUCGUGGCCAACUCACUUUGCCUUUAAUUGCUCGGGGUACCAGGACGACACCAUGUGCGUGCGAGAAGACUUCGUUUCAACCCCAAAGCCUCCUCCUCCAGUCAUAGACUCGAUUUGUGAUCCAGCUUUAAAUGAUGAGGAUGCCCUUUCGAGGAAAAUCUGUAAGAGGGAUUUAGUUAUUCGCGCUGAAGUGUUGAACGUACGUAAUGCAAAAGGUGACAACUCCUACAAAGUGAUCAAAAUCAAGAGGCAUAAGAAAUUUGGCAGGCAAGGAGCUCGCAGCCAGAGAAAGACCAAGAAAGCUGUCGAAAGUCUUGACCGCGUGCUGUUACCGAAAAGAGGCUGCACGAACGUGAAGGAAAGAGUGAAGAAAGGAGUUACCUACUUGAUAAUACUCAACAAGAGAUCGGGAAGGAAGACAAAGUAUAACGUAAAGGCCAUUGUACCGUGGAGAUCCAAGCUACAUAAAAAGUUCAUGAGACCGAAAAGCUCAAAAUCUCUAAAACAAUCGUGUCGAUAAAAUUUGACAAAUUCAGAACUCAUUCUCGAGCAAAUCUCCUUACAACAGACUGAAACAAAAUUGAAUGUUUUGAUUCUUUUAGCUUGGGAUUUUUUUGACCUAAGAGGAAUUUUUAAUGUUUUACCCUUUUAAGACUCGUCAGUGACCAGACUUUUAUCCACACUACUGAGAAAUGUCAUCGACUUUGUAACGCUAUUCGAACGCCCACAAUUUUCAAAAUACCCUAACUGAGUAGUUUGUUAAUUGAACGGUUUCUGGCAGAGAACAGUAAGCCUUUUCGCGAUCAAAUGAUUACAUUUUAAACCUAUUUUAAAAAAAUUUAAACCUAUUUUAAUACAGCGUGCAGUAGACAAUCAAUAUAUCUAAUGAAGUGGAAUUGUCGCCGUAAAUGUGUUUUUGCUAAAUUUGAUGUAUCGUUGGAAUGCUUGAUAUGCUUUGUAUUCGCAUCGUUUUUUUCCCUUUAGUCGUUGAAUUAUUGAGAUUGUGUCUACGUGAUGCACUGCGUAAAUAGUCCAUUUCUGAAUUACCCUUGGCCUCAUUUUCAAAACGAGUCCUGGUGCUCAUCAUUUCGUUUGGUAAAAUGGUUGAGCACCAGGCCUAGUUUUGAAAAUGAGGCCAUGGGUAAUUCGGAAAUGGGCUAUUCGUGUUGCUUAGUGAGAUUACAACUGUCGCGUUUAAUUAUCAGUUACACGUUGAAAAGGCAUACUACGUCAAGUAAAUUAACCCGAAUAUACCUCGGUAAAGUCAGCAAACGCUUUUCUCUGCGAGGUUCAAGCUUUGUAAUGACGUAAUUUACUUCUUAAGUUUAUUGUACAGUUAAGAAAACACAGAAAUUGUUGCACAGGUAGAUAAGUUAGUUCUUUUGUCUGUAAUUUGUAAGCACGUGGUGCUAAAGCCUUCUUGUACUAAAGGCACCUUUAUCCAUAAGAUUCAUAAACGAUUUUAAGAAAGA